AUGGAACAAAUAACUAAAAAUUUCAAUAACGAGGGAAAUGAUGUCGCUAACGAUUCGCAAGUUGAUUCGGAAUCUUUAAAUGAUGUUAAAUGUGAUGUAUGCCCUACAACUUCUGUACAGUGUCAAAUCGAUUCAUUCUCAAUUGGUGACUUUAUUCGUUGUUCAACCAAAUCUUCUCAUUUUUCUGGCGAAUUGAUAAUAAAUGAUGUAACUAAUGGAAUUCUACUUUUAGAGGAAUACUUAAACAAUGGAAAGUCAACAUUACAUUUUGUCAAAAAAUGUGGACUUUUAACGAUUGAAAAAAUUUUCCCUUCACAAAAAAUGCAAAAAAGGCGAUCUAGCAAUUUAAUAAAACACAACAAUUCUCUAUACACAAUUGAUGAAAUUGAAAGAACUGAAAGUGUUUUGGAAAGUGAUUAUUUUAUUAAAGAUGAACAGGCUAAAAGGACUUUUUUGGAGCUUAAAAGGAUAUUCGAUGACGUCAUCUGGGAUGGCUCAAAUAUUUUGGUCCUAAAAUGUAUUCGCGUCUUCCAUCCAUACGAUUUUAAAUCAAUAGAAAUUAUUGAUUCUAGAAGUUCUUCACUGGAAGCAUUUACUCGUGUACAGAAAAUUCUUGAAAUGAGGCGAGAUUGUCGAACAAUUCCAUCACUUUUAUCACUCAAUUUUUCAUUAAUGGAUGUUUGUGCACCGGGAACAUCUCAACAAUUAACAACAGAAGCUUCACAAGGAGAAAAUGCGUAAAACUUUUUAACUUUUUUUGAUUCACUUGUUUUUAUUUUUAAAGGGAUUAGGGGAGGGCUCACAAAAUUUUCCGAGACCUGAAAAAAUUUAAAAAAUUUUUUUGACAGGAAAAUUGAUUUUUUAAGGAUUUUUUUUUCUCCGUGGGAAGGCAUUUUUUCAAAAUUUCCUAUAUAAAUUAGUAGUCCAUAACCCCUUAUUU